AUGUCGCCCAACGAGGAAACUCUUACUGCACCCAAAUCCUUACGUAAAGUGCAUCGCAAAUCCCGCAAGGGCUGUGCGAAUUGCAAGGCUCGUAGGGUCAAGUGUGACGAGUUGAAGCCACAAUGUAGCAAUUGCACAAGACGGGAUCUUCGCUGCAGCUUCUUGCCUUUGCUCUCUAGCCCAGACUCGCAACAUCUCAUUACCGCAGGCUCACCAGGCCGACCAGAAGUACCGUCACCACGGCCGCCACACGAUCCCGCGGAAUCGCUUUGUGAACAUCCAUUAGAAGGAUUGGACAUUGAAGAUUUUUCAUUACUCCACCACUACACCAUUUCGACAUCACAUACUCUGGCCACUGUCCCCGGACUUCAAACUUUCAUGAGAGUUGAUCUCCCGCAAAUUGCAUUUUCCGACAGGUUCCUACUGCACGGUGUCCUUGCCGUUGCCGCGCUGCAUCUAUCUCGGUUCAAAAAAGAUGCUUCGGAGAUCAAUUACUACACGACCAAGGCCAUGCAUCACUAUGGCAUUGCACUACGCAAAACGGCCCUGCUCAUGGCACAGGGCGAUACCCGGAGUGGUCCGGCUCUUUACUUGUUUUCGAUGCUAUGCUUCUCCUAUACCUUGGGCUCCGGGCCAAGACCAGGCGAUUUCCUCCUCUUUGGAGAACAUGGAAUAUCCGAUUGGUUGGUACAGCUCCGUGGCAUGAGAUCAUUGCUCGAAGUCCAUCCUGAGAUUCUCCACGGUGACACUUUGUCACCUUUGUUCAAAGUUGCUAUUCGCAGCGUGGCUCAUUCUAGCUCUGGGACUGACCAUCUCCCCGAGCUGCGUAAGCAGAUUCUAGCAGUUGACCCACCCGAUGCAGAGCUCACGGCUUMCUUGGCUGCCUUGGAUCAGCUUUCCGAACGCUUCGACGCCAUCAUGACAUCUAGCUCUCAGAUCUUCCCGCAGCAGGUCUUUGUUUGGAUCUAUCAGCUCGAAGACAGUUUCGUGGGUCUUUUACAAGAAGGAAAACCGAUUGCGCUUGUCAUUCUUUCUCAUWUCUGCAUUCUGCUCAACCGUCUUUCAUCCUUUUGGUGGACACGGGGUUGGAUGGAACAUUUGCUGUCAGAGAUUCAUGGCUCCCUCAACCAGGAGUAUCGAACUUGGAUGCGGCGACCGAUGGAGGAAACCGGUUGGAUUCCGGGCUGA